CUGAGCCGGAAGUGCGUCAUGACCAGCCGCUGAGGCAGUCGUUUGGCGCGCGCGCCUUAAGCCGUGUGUCUGAGUUCACUUCUUGGGUCUUCUCGCAGUUCUCCUUGGAAUUUGACUGUUUCUGGACUCUGGUGUAUACAGUUUGCGAGAUGCCGUCUUCUUCACUCGGCGCGGUGAUGCCGGCCUCUACGUCGGCCUCGGCCCUACAAGAAGCUCUGGAAAGUGCAGGAAGGCUUAUCGACCUCCAGUUGCAAGAAGACCGCAUGUACCCGGACCUUUCCGAGCUUCUCAUGGUGUCUGCCCCAAAUAAUCCCACUGUUUCUGGCAUGUCUGAUAUGGAUUAUCCUCUACAAGGACCUGAUUUACUGUCAGUACCCAAUCUUCCAGAGAUCAGUUCCAUCCGAAGAGUUCCUCUUCCUCCUGAACUUGUUGAACAGUUCGGACAUAUGCAGUGUAACUGCAUGAUGGGUGUGUUCCCUCCUAUCAGCAGAGCAUGGCUCACAAUUGACAGUGACAUAUUCAUGUGGAACUAUGAAGAUGGAGGAGACCUUGCCUAUUUCGAUGGACUUAGCGAGACGAUUCUUGCUGUAGGGCUGGUGAAACCAAAAACUGGCAUCUUUCAGCCUCAUGUACGGCACCUCUUGGUUCUAGCAACUCCUGUGGAUAUAGUAAUUCUAGGACUCAGCUAUGCUAAUUUGCAAGCAGGUUCUGGAAUUCUUAAUGACAGCAUGUCUGGUGGAAUGCAGUUGCUUCCAGAUCCUUUAUAUUCUCUUCCCACUGAUAAUACUUACCUUUUAACAAUUACUUCCACUGAUAAUGGCAGAAUAUUCUUGGCUGGAAAAGAUGGCUGUUUAUAUGAAGUAGCAUACCAAGCAGAAGCAGGUUGGUUUAGUCAAAGAUGUAGGAAGAUAAACCACUCAAAGAGCUCACUUUCUUUCCUUGUUCCUUCCUUGCUACAAUUCGCAUUCUCAGAAGAUGAUCCUGUUGUUCAAAUUGCAAUUGAUAAUUCUAGAAAUAUUUUAUAUACACGAUCAGAGAAAGGAGUAAUACAGGUUUAUGAUUUAGGCCAUGAUGGACAGAGAAUGAGUAGAGUUGCUUCAGUUUCACAGAAUGCUGUUGUCUCUGCUGCCGGAAACAUUGCUAGGACCAUUGAUCGUUCUGUUUUUAAGCCAAUUGUUCAGAUAGCAGUGAUUGAAAAUUCUGAAUCAUUGGACUGUCAGUUAUUGGCUGUCACACAUGCAGGUGUUAGGUUAUAUUUCAGCACUUGUCCAUUUAGACAGCCAUUAGCACGGCCUAAUUCACUGACACUGGUUCAUGUCCGCUUACCUCCGGGAUUCUCAGCAUCUUCAACAGUGGAAAAGCCUUUAAAAGUACAUAAAGCUCUUUAUAGUAGAGGUAUUCUGUUGAUGGCAGCUUCAGAAAAUGAGGAUCAUGACAUUUUGUGGUGUGUCAACCAUGACACAUUUCCUUUCCAAAAGCCAAUGAUGGAAACUCAGAUGACAGCCCGUGUGGAUGGCCAUGCCUGGGCUCUUUCUCCAAUAGAUGAAUUCAAAGUGGAUAAAAUAAUUACACCAUUAAAUAAGGACCAUAUUCCAAUAACUGAAUCACCAGUUGUCGUGCAGCAACACAUGUUACCUCCAAAGAAAUUUGUUCUCCUCUCAGCACAGGGGAGUCUUAUGUUUCAUAAACUCAGACCUGUAGACCAACUGAGGUAUCUACUUGUGAGUAAUGUGGGGGGAGAUGGAGAAGAGAUUGAAAGAUUCUUCAAAUUACAUCAGGAAGACCAGGCCUGUGCAACUUGCCUUAUCCUUGCUUGCUCUGCUGCUGCCUGUGAUAGAGAAGUAUCUGCUUGGGCUACUCGGGCUUUCUUCAGGUAUGGUGGUGAAGCACAGAUGAGAUUUCCAGCUACUCUUCCCACUCCAAGUAAUGUUGGUCCCAUCUUGGGGUCUCCUGUUUGUCCUAGUUCUCCUGUUCCUAGUGGUAGUCCCUAUCCGAAUCCAUCCUUUUUGGGAACACCAUCCCAAGGUAUCCAGCCUCCUGCCAUGUCAACUCCAAUGUAUGCUGUGGGAAACCCAGCAACUCAGGCUACAAGUAUGAGUGGUAUGACUGGACCAGAGAUUGUGUACUCUGGAAAGCACAAUGGUAUUUGUAUUUACUUUUCUCGAAUCAUGGGAAACAUUUGGGAUGCUAGCUUAGUUGUGGAGAAAGUGUUCAAGAGUGGCAAUAGAGAGAUCACUGCAAUUGAAAGUAGUGUUCCCUCCCAACUGCUGGAGUCAGUACUACAAGAACUGAAAGGUUUGCAGGAAUUUCUAGAUAGAAAUUCUCAAUUUGCAGGAGGACCAUUAGGAAAUCCAAAGACUACUGCCAGAGUUCCGCAGAGGCUGAUAGGAUUCAUGCGUCCUGAAAAUACUCAGCAAAUGCAACAAGAUCUCCAGAGGAAGUUUCAUGAGGCUCAACUGAGUGAAAAGGUUUCACUUCAGGCAAUUCAGCACUUGGUUCGAAAAUCAUACCAAGCUCUGGCGUUAUGGAAACUACUUUGUGAACAUCAAUUUACUGUCAUUGUAGGGGAACUUCAGAAGGAGUUUCAAGAGCAAUUGAAGAUCACCACCUUUAAAGAUCUGGUAAUCAGGGAUAAGGAACUCACAGGGGCAUUAAUUGCUUCUCUUAUCAACUGCUACAUCAGAGAUAAUGCUGCUGUUGAUGGCAUUAGCUUACAUUUAAAAGACAUCUGCCCACUUCUGUAUAGUACUGAUGAUGCAGUUUGUUCUAAGGCAAAUGAGCUUCUCCAGCAUUCUCGACAAAUUCAAAGUAAGACUGAAAAAGAAAGAAUGUUAAAGGAUUCAUUGAGGGAGUAUCAAAAAAUCAGCAAUCAAGUGGACCUUUCCAGUGUUUGUGUUCAGUAUAGACAAGUGCGCUUUUAUGAGGGAGUAGUGGAACUCUCUCUUACUGCUGCAGAGAAAAAAGAUCCUCAGGGUCUUGGACUUCAUUUCUAUAAACAUGGAGAACCAGAAGAAGAUAUAGUUGGACUUCAGGCUUUCCAAGAAAGACUACAAGCUUAUAAAUGCAUUACAGACACACUUCAAGAACUGGUAAAUCAAAGCAAGGCUGCUCCUCAGUCUCCUAGUGUACCCAAAAAGCCUGGUCCUCCUGUGUUAUCAUCUGAUCCUAAUAUGCUGAGUAAUGAAGAAGCAGGACAUCAUUUUGAACAAAUGAUUAAAUUGGCACAGCGAUCCCAAGAUGAGCUCUUUAGUAUUGCCCUUUAUAACUGGCUAAUACAAGCUGACCUUGCAGAUAAACUGCUACAGAUUGCCUCUCCGUUUCUAGAGCCAUAUCUAGUCCGAAUGGCCAAAGUGGAUCAAAAUAAAGUUCAUUAUAUGGAUUUACUAUGGAGGUAUUAUGAGAAGAACAGAAGUUUUAGUAGUGCUGCUCGUAUUCUGUCCAAAUUGGCCGACAUGCAUAGCACAGAAAUUUCACUUCAGCAACGACUAGAAUACAUUGCUCGAGCCAUUCUUAGUGCCAAAAGUUCCACUGCCAUUUCAUCAAUAGCUGCAGAUGGCGAAUUCCUUCAUGAAUUAGAAGAAAAGAUGGAAGUUGCCAGGAUCCAACUUCAGAUACAAGAGACACUGCAAAGGCAGUAUUCUCAUCAUUCCUCUGUACAGGAUGCAAUUUCUCAACUGGAUUCUGAGCUAAUGGAUAUAACUAAGCUUUAUGGGGAGUUUGCUGACCCAUUUAAACUUGAAGAGUGUAAGCUUGCUAUAAUUCAUUGUGCUGGUUAUUCAGAUCCUCUACUGGUACAGACACUUUGGCAAGAUAUCAUAGAGAAAGAACUGAGUGAUAGUGUAACUUUGAGCUCCUCAGACAGAAUGCAUGCUCUUAGUCUCAAGAUCGUCCUCCUUGGCAAAAUUUAUGCGGGCACACCUCGUUUCUUUCCUUUAGAUUUUAUUAUACAGUUCUUAGAGCAGCAAGUUUGUACUUUGAACUGGGAUGUGGGCUUUGUAAUACAGACGAUGAAUGAAAUUGGAGUACCAUUACCUAGACUACUAGAAGUUUAUGAUCAACUGUUCAAGUCACGGGAUCCAUUCUGGAACAGAGUGAAAAAGCCAUUGCACCUUUUGGAUUGUAUCCAUGUACUAUUGACAAGAUAUGUUCAGAAUCCUAGUCAAGUUUUCAAUUGUGAGAGGAGAAGAUUCACAAAUCUCUGCCUGGAUGCUGUUUGUGGUUAUCUGGUUGAGCUCCAAUCCAUGAGCUCUUCCACAGCAGUACAAGCCGUCACUGGGAAUUUCAAAUCUCUCCAAGCAAAAUUAGAACGGCUUCAUUAAUUAUUGUAAUGUAUUUUUAUCCAUGCAUUUUGAUCUGUAAAAUAAAGGCUCAGCUGGGUCCAUAUAUCAAGUGUUCUAAAUCUGAGAAUUUGGUACAGUUUUAAUAGAAAUAUGUUUUAACAAAUGCUCAGACAGUACAUUUGCCAAACAAAUUAUUUUUUAUGGCUACUGUUGUUUUUUUAAUGAUUGGUUUUGACUGCAAGUAUAGCUCAAUGAUAGAGUGCUUGCCUAGCAUGUGUGAGGUUCUGGUUUCAAUUCUCAGCACCUCAAAAAUAAUAACAGUUUAAGAAAGAACUGGCUGGGGAGAGUGGCGCAUGCCUUUUAUCCCAGCACUCAGGAGACUGUGUCAGGAGUGUCACUGUGAGUUCAAAGCCAUCCUGGAAUACAUAUAACAAGAAUUCGUUUCCAAAAAAAUCAAACUAAAAGUACUAAAAUAAGAUUAUGAUUUCAACAGAAGGAUUAAAACUAUCCUUGUUUUGAAUUUUACGGCAGCCAGAAAAUUUGAAUUUUUAUUACUCAUUUUCAAAUUAGUCCAAAGAUUUUGAUAUCCAAACAGUCUAGGAACAAGGUCCAUUUUCAUAAUAUUGGAUUCUACAAUAGCCCUUAAAUAGGCAAGUGAUAUCUAUUUAAAAAAAGAAAAAGUUUGUCUUUGGAAAGACAUUUCUUCACCUAUCAAUUUUAUCAGGCAAACAGGUGGUAAUCUUAUAAUGAUCAUUCUGUGUCCUGCAAAGCUACGCAUGGAGAGACUUUUCUUUUCCUGUCCACCUGGCUCUUUGUCCUUGUGACUACCAUUUCCCCUGGAGCCUUGGUUCUCAAAAGUAUGUAUGCCAAACCAGCAUGAGCCUCACCCUGGGAGUUUGUUAGAAUGUCAGAUUCUGGUCCCACCGCAGACCUACUGAGUUGGAAAUUCUGGAGAUGAAGCCCAGCUUUCUGUCUCAGCAAGCCUUCACAGGGAGUCAGGUGCAUGUCAAAUUUUAAAACUUCCCCACAGAUUAUGGACUGACUUUCCUGUGCUAUUCCCCCACCUCCCUUUCUUACAGUAAUCACAAUACACAAGUUGUACCCAAUACACACAGUGUAUAAAGCAAAGUUACUAAUGAUGUAGUGUUUAAUUCAACUUCAACAAACUUGGAAUUACGAAACCAAGUACUCCAGAAUCAUGGCAACAAGGGAAUUGAAAAGAGUGAGAAUGAAUAGGGCUAAAAAAUGUAAAACUUUGGACUUCUUUCCACUCUCCAAAAACAGUUACACUCUGUUUAUUGUCAGUAAUACAUGUCUAACAAUUUUUAAAAUCCAUUCUGGAUAAAUUUUCACUUUUAUCUUUUCCUAAGGUCAUAGAAUAAUUGCCUUUGCUACAUUUUUUCUCUAAGAAUUUAACUCUGUUUUCUCCUAUAAUCUUCUAGGGUAUAAUAUUAAAUAGAGUGUUAAAAAAUCA